CGCCUCUCGUCUGCAGUCUUUAUCGGAAAGGGAGAUAACGAGAACGCCGAUGCCCACUACGUGGCACCCUGCAGGCGCCUCAACCGCACACGUGUAAAAUUCGCAGGACUGCCGGAUUUUGUUACGAAACUGCGUUCUGUCAAUGAACUGGAAUACUUCGCCCUCAAGCGUCGUCUGACGGUUGAGAGGAAAAGGCUAUACUGAGGGUGGACCAUUUGCAACCAACACUGUCCUGUGAACUAAGCACUCGAAUAUGAAGCCUGCCUUGUUGAUUCUGUGUGUGCUGACCGCAGGCGCUCAGGCCUGGUUUGGGACCUCAAUGCGAAGGCUCUACAAUGGGCCAGACAGCCUCCGCAGAGCACCGUCACAGCUGGGCGACGUGGGCGACCCGCUCUUCCUGACGCCGCUGAUCGAGGCUGGCCAGCUGGAAAAAGCGCGCAACCUCAGCCGCGUCGGCUCGCUCGGGGCCGUGUCGGACUUCCCAGGAUAUUCGGGGUUCCUCACAGUCAACAAGCAGUACGGAAGCAACCUGUUCUUUUGGUUCUUCCCGGCCAAGGAGAAUCCGGAGAAGGCGCCCGUGGUUCUGUGGCUGCAGGGAGGCCCGGGAGGCUCCUCGCUGUUCGGGCUGUUCGUGGAGCACGGACCGUACCGGGUGGCCAAAGGCGGCGUGCCCGAGCUCCGCGACACCACGUGGGCGCAGCGUUACUCGAUGCUCUACAUCGACAACCCGGUCGGCGCCGGCUUCAGCUUCACCCAGGACGACAACGGCUACGCUCGCAACGAGGUAGACGUCGGCCGUGACCUGCACGAGGCCCUGCAGCAGUUCUUCACGCUCUUCGAUGAGUACGCGGCCAAUGACUUCUAUGCAACGGGAGAGUCGUACGCCGGAAAGUACGUGCCGGCCAUCGCGCACGCCAUCGACACAGGCGUUGCACCCAGGGUCAAGAUCAACUUGCGCGGCAUCGCCAUCGGAGACGGUAUGGUCGACCCGGAGACCAUGUUCGACUACGCCGACUUCUUGUACCAAGUUGGCCUAGUAGACAGGCGACAAGCCGACUACAUUCGCAAUGAGACUGCCCGGGCCGUCGCUUACAUCAAACGAGGGCGGUACCUGGAUGCGUUCCUAAUCUUUGAUGAACUCAUAAACGGUGACACCGUCUCUAAACCGCCGUAUUUUAAGAAUGUCACCGGCCUCGACUUCUACUACAACUUCCUCCUUUCAAAAGAGCCGGAAAGCUUCGGCUGGUACCACGCUUUUGUCGACUCGCCCGUUGUCCGCAAGGCCAUUCACGUGGGUAACCUGACUUUCAACAACGGUGACGCCACUGAGAGUCACCUUCAGGAGGACAUCAUGCAGUCCGUCAAGCCGUGGCUCGCAUCCCUCAUGGAUAAGCCGCAGUACAAGGUGCUCAUAUACAACGGUCAACUGGACAUUAUCAUCGCGUACCCACUGACGGACAACUUCGUGUGCAGCAUCCAAUGGUCGGGCAAGGAAGCUUUCGACAAGGCGGAGCGUAAGAUUUGGAAGAGACCGGACGGAAACGGUGUCGCUGGAUACGUCCGGAAAGUGGGAAAUUUCACGCAGGUCCUUGUUAGGGACGCCGGUCACAUCCUGCCCUACGACCAGCCCGAGGUUGCGCUCGACCUUAUCACGCGAUUCAUCGAUGGGAAGCCCUUUGACCCGUGAAAUCCUAACGGAAGGCUCUAGUGUUGCUGUCUGCUAACUAGAAUGUAAAUAAAUAAAGAGCAACAACAAGCACUAUAAACGGCAAUGCGAUUAAAUAAGGCGGCGAAGAAUCUACAAGAAGACGAACCUUUCGACGCAGUUUCCCAGAGCUUGCGGGAGAAGUGCUGGUUAUUGCAGUCUCAAACAUAUUAGUAGAGAGAGAGAGCGAGAUAAAUCAGAUGCGAAAGGCAGAGAUGAACACAGUAGAAUAAUAGAUAAAAAGGUGCCUCUUUACGAAACUGCCUCUGGAGCAGCGAUUCAAGGCCCAGCGCGCACGAUAUCACUAGUUAAAGAUGAAUGGGUGUAGAACAAUUACCUGGUUGUACGAUGUAUGGAGGAGAGGUGUUGCUUGCUGCAGGUGGACUUAUCCUUGCAUGCGUUGCUGGCAAUUUCUCAGCCUGAACGCCACCUGUCAACCUGUAGUCGGUUUGAACCAAUGUGAAAUCCAGCUAACACCACCAGCCAUCAAAAACAAGUGUAACUUAGAACUUCUUGUUGGGCGAGUAGGUGCAUAUUAGCAAACAGUUUUAUACCUGCGCAAACAAAUGAUCACAGAGAGGGAGAGAGAGCACACAAGGAGAGGCGUUGUUUGCCAUCAAGACUGUUUACCAUCAAAGCUGUUUGCCACCAAAAACAAGUUGGCUCGGAACCCAAUACGCUGCGCGUUUUACAAACCACAAUGACCCACACGGCUCACCAUUAACUUUGCAACGCUGUAUCAUUGAGGAGCACCUCUGUCCUAUAUACCCAACGUCCUCGCGGGAACAAAAUAUCACUUGCAUUUCAGUGGGGUGCCGUAUUGUGUUUCAUUUUCUCUAUCAAUAUCUUACGUUCUUCUUCAAGUAUGCAUAACGCACUGAUGUGAGGACGAAUACGGAAGAAUGUGAAAAGCUGAAUCAUACUUUGAAUCAAAGUUGUACAACUUCUUGAAGGCCUACAGCGGGUCAUUUCAUUUCAAGGUAACAGGAUAUGCGGAGCCGUAAGGACACUUUCUCUUUGUUUACACAAUUAAACAUGAUGGUAGUCGGAGGAAGAAAUGAUUCGGGCUAGUUGAGCGAAAAAUUAAAGAAAAAAAGAAGCGUCAGACCGAAAUGCUUUCCUGUUCCGAUAACGUUCGCAGGUUCACCAGCAUGAAACUUUCUGAAACACUUCGGCAAAAUUGUUUUUGUACGCUUCCGUUGUUUGUGGUCUCCCUACUUUUCUACCAACAAACCUCCAAUCACCUCUUACAAAUCUAUAUUGCGGACAUGUUUACUUCCCCCUGCUAUUCCUGAACCCAAGGGCUUCAAGCACGUCAGAGCAGCCUAAACAGAAAGCUGGGUAGUUAUCUUCACAUUCUAAUAAGACAUGUUCUAUCGUUUUUCUAGCUUUACCGCAUGCUUUCUCAUUCUUAAUGUACUUCGCUUUAUAACUACGCGUUUUAAGGCAUUCUGAUCUCACUUCGAAAAGUAAUGAGCUUCCCUUUGAGUUAUCAUAAAUUGUUUCUUUCCUGAUUUCGUUUUUUCCUCUUAAGUAUAGUUAGUCAUGGCAGGUUUCUUUUCGGACGGAUGGCUGAAUGAAUGUUAUGAACGUCCCCUUUGGAACAAGGCUGUGGGUUGCACCACCAAGCUCUGCUAUUAUACUGCCUAAUGUCCUACCUAGGUUAAAAAAAAAUCGCUAUGAACUCCCACAACCAAAUUUUCUGACUCCCUAUUGCAAACUUUACUUUUGUACGUCUUCGUUUUUUGUCGUUUCCUUACUUUUCUUCCACCAAUCUUCCAAUCGCCUCUUACUAAUGUCUAUCGCGGACAUGUUUACUUUUCCCCUGCUCUCGCGGAACCCAAGGGAUUCAAUGAGGCCAUUGGUGCCUAGAUCGACCGCUGGGCAGAUGUCUUCACAUUCUAAUAGAACAUGCGCCAUCGUUUCCCUAUCUUUCCCGCAGCAAGCACAUGCUUCUUCUUCCUUCUUAUAUCUCGCUUUUUAGGUGCGUGUUCUAAGGCAUCCCGAUCUCGCUUCGAAACGUAAUGAGCAUUCCUUCGAGUUAUCAUAAAUUGUUUCUUUCCUGACUUCGUUUUUUCCUCUUAAGUAGUUACUCAUGGCAGGUUUUAUUUCCAUUGCCGCUACCCAUGAGAUUAUUUCAGCCUCUCUGACUUUCCGCUUGACGUUCCUUGUUACUGCGUUGCACACCCUACAGGCCGCAUACUUGCUGGUAAGCUUCCUAGUUCUUUUCCUCCACUGUGAAUCAAUGUUUUUCCCGUACAGAUACCUCAGCACUCUCCCAGCCCAUUUAAUUUCUUCCAUAUUCCUCAUUCGUUCUUCAUAAUCAAUUUUACUGGGACCUUACCUCACUUUAAAACUAGUCCAGCCCAUAUCACCCUGCACAGCUUCAUUUGUAGUCUUCCCGAGAGCGCCCAAUGCGAGACGUCCCUCUGGCCUUUGGUUUCGAUCGAUUCCUCAUUGUACACCCGAUUUCAGGCAAACAACCGCAUAUCCAAAAGUAAGUCCUGGAACCAUUACAUCUUUCCACAUACCCCGGAGCAUCUCGUACCUAUUGUAUCCCCAUACCACUCUGUGCUUCAUUACGGCUGCAUUUCUCUUCUACUUUACUGCUAUUGUGUUUUCAUGUGUUUCCAUAUAUCUAUUGCCUUCGUUUACCCAUAUACCAAGGUAUUUAUAUUCUCUUACCCGAGAUAUUUCCUGGCCCUGUAUUGCCACUGCCUGUUCACUAUUUUCAUUGAAUACCCUAACACCUGAUUUUCUAACACUAAAUUUAAAACCCUAAUUCUCGCCUUCCUGUCCACAGAUGUUAGCCAGACGUUGCAAAUCACUUUGCUUGUUAGCUAGCAACGCAAUGUCGUCCGCAUAAAAUAAACCUGGAAGCUGCUGCUCUACUACUGUACCCGCCUAUUUGUAUGAGAGAUUAAACCCAAUCUUACUUCCUUCUAGCGCCCUCCCCAUCCUCACCAUGUACAUCAUAAUCAGCAGUGGGGAUAAAGGGCACCCCUGCUUCCCCAGUCCCUUGUUGAUAUCAACUUUCCUUAACGACGCGCAGCGCCCCCGGCGGUCAAAGUUGGAAGGCAGCGCUAGCGUGGCCACCUCCUCCCAUUGGGAGAGCCCUCCGGUCGCCAUACUAGCAAGCACAUUCAUAUACAACUCAACUCUGCAGUGAAGCCCCUCUCAAGCCCUCAUAACCUACAGCCACUGUUGCUCCGCAAGGCUGCAAGUAGUUCGUACUUCAAACUUUUUCUGUUAGCGAAAUAAGGCGGUAGCCACAAGAAUAACAUUAAAAGCGCGUAAUUUUGGACAUUUUCAUUCGUCUGUUGUAGUGGAACGGUGAAAACCUAAUUGUUUAUUGAACUGAAAUAAAGCACUUGCUUCACUGCAACUA